UGGAACUAAAUUACUAAAUGUUAAAAAAUGAAGUUACCUAAAUGUUAAAAAAUGUCUCGCUGUACCUAAAUAAAAUUCUGCAAAUUUUAAGGCUUGCUUCUGAUUUAAAAUUUAUUGUAAAAAGUAUUACAUAUGGGUUCCAUGUUACAGGAAUGCAAAGAGGAAGAAAGUACAUGAACUGACCGAAAGAGAGCAUAGAAGAGAGAAAAAGAAGUGGAGACAGAGGCAAAAUGCAAGUAGAAAAAAGAAAAAAAUUGAUAAUGCAAACCGAGAACUAACGCCUCCUUCUACACCAGAGCCAUCGCCAUCAAAUUCCAAUGGUAAUAAAGUGAGAGGACGCAAAGUUAUACUACGUCACAGAUCAAAGUGUGUCAGGGAAAAUAAAAGACUCCAAGCACAUGUGAAAAUAUUGGAAGAAAAAAUCAGAAAUGAACAGAGAAAGGCUGAAAAAUACAAAAAAAGAUUACAAAGACAGAAUGCCAAACAAAAUAAUAAAUUGAAUAUGAUGCCAGACAGUGACCUGACUCCUAAUUCAAAAACAAGAAAGAUGUUGACAGACCUAGAUAAUGAUUUAAGUGAGUCAAAUAUUCGGAGAAGAAAGUCUCUCCUUAUGAAUUCAAGUGUGGCAAGAACAUUGACAUUUCACAAUGCAAUGACAAGUUCUAUAAAAGAAAACUACAUGGGAGCAAAAUCUAAGAUAGUUAAACGCCACAUAAGCUCGGCACUUUCUUCCAAACUGAUACUGCGAUACCGUUUUCAAACUAUGAUUGGUAGAACAUUGGGUCUCUCAUGUUGCCAACGCUUGCUUCAAAAGCGUCAGUUAAAAGAUAACAAAAGGCGCUUUUUAAUAGAAAGCUUUUUCUUGAGUGAAGACGUGAGCCGCACCACAGCUGGUAUCAAAGAAACAGUGACAAGAAAGAAAAUCAAAAAGCAAAAACGCUAUCUCCUCUCAGACAUGAAGACUCUAUUCAAAAAUUUAUCAAGUUACAUGGUCGUGGAAUAUCGUACACAACUUUCACCCGAUUCAGACCGUUUUAUGUAUUGAAACCAACUGAAGUGACUAGAAAUACUUGCUUAUGUAAACAACAUACAAACAUAGAACUAAAAGCAGCAAAGCUACGACAGAUGAAUUUAAUUGAUGAAAAAGACCCACAUAAACUGUACCCACUUACAGUAUGUGACAAAAGCAACUGUCAAUGCAUGUAUAACAUGUGUCAGAUAUGCAAGACAUUGACUGUUCCUUUGAAAGACUUUGAGGGGAACAAUGAAGUGAAGUGGGAGAAAUGGGUAACUGCAAAAGAAAUAAGACAAAAAAGAAAAACGGUGAAGUUGUUUCUGUCCCCGUGCAGAUCACAUCCAAAGUGACAGUUGAUGGUACACUUAGUCAAUUAACAAAAGAGUUCCAUGAAGAAAUAACUCUCUUGAAGAAACAUGCCUUCAAUAUUAAAAUACAAAAUAAGGGCUAUGAUGACGUGAAAACUAACUUAAAGAGGAACGAGGCCAUUCUACACGCCGACUUUUCUGAGAACUAUUCAUGCAAACUUGCUUCAGAAGUGCAGAGUUUCCAUUUUGGUGGAAGUAGGAAUCAGGUGACUCUCCAUACCGGCAUUAUGUAUACGUCAACUGAAAAACCACUUCCAUUUGCUACAGUAUCUCCUAAUAAAGAGCAUGGACCCGCCGCUAUUUGGGCGCACUUGAAGCCAGUUCUGGAAUACUUGAAAAUUGAACACCCAGAUGUGAGUACAGUACACUUUUUUUCUGACGGACCUUCCAGCCAGUAUAAGCAAAAACAGAACUUCUAUUUGUUUACAACACAAGUAUAUGAAUUAGGAUUUCAAAAUGCAACUUGGUCUUUUUUUGAAUCUUCCCAUGGUAAAGGGGCACCAGAUGGUGUUGGCGGUGCUCUAAAACGAAUGGCGAACCAUUAUGUUGCUCAUGGCUGUGACAUUACUGAUGCAACAGUGUUCUUCAACUUAAUGAAAGAAAAAAGCAAGAUAAAGCUUUUCUAUGUAACAGAUAAUGACAUUGAACAGUCUUUCGAAAACUUACCCAGUAUACCCCUAAAAACGAUUGCUGGUACAAGGGGUAUUCACCAAGUCAUUACAUAUAAGAAGAAUGAAAUGAUUUUCAGGCCGCUAUCUUGUUUUUGUGAUGCAAAUAAAUGGGAAGAAGGACUUACUUGCAAGUGCUAUUUUCCAGCUGAGUCAGUAUCAUUUACUGAGAAACAGAAAAAAUGCAAGCAGCGGAAAAAGAGCCGUUACGAAGCAAUCUACUCUUCAUCAGAGUCUGAUUCGGAAGCAGAAAUCAGCCUGGUUGAAUCGGAUGAUGACAUAUUGACAAUGGAGGAUUUUGCCAACCACAUGCAAAGAGAGUCUGUGGAUCAAGAAGUACUACUAGAGGCUCCAACAGAAGCGAAUAUUUCCGAGGGAACAUUCAUUAUUGUGGAGCUAUUAGGUGGUUUGAGGAAAAAAACAAAACUUAAAUUUGCUGGUCUAGUUACUAGAAAAUGCAACCGAGAAGACGAUGGUGACUACAUUGUGACAUUUUUGGUGAAACAGGGAACUGAUGAUUGUUAUUUACUGAAUGAAAAAGAUGUUUCUGCAAUUGAUUUCGCUCAAGUCAAUGCUGUUCUUCCACAGCCUGAAAUAGUUAUGAGAGGUUCAGAACGCUUUGCAUAUAAAUUCCCCUGCUGCCUGGAAAACUAUUUCUAAUUAGUCGUUUUUCACAAGCAAAAAAUAAUACAACAUUUAACAUUAGUUAUUGACAUUUAGUUUACACUCUGAAACUUUGUAAUAAUUUAAUUUGGUCAAAAUUACAUAACGUUUUUAAAAUUAAUAAUUUGUGUUAUUUUUUCUGAACUUUUAAAACUUACAAGUUCUAGACAAGAACGCACAUGUCAUGAGUGUUACUAUCUGUCACGAGUGUUACUAAUUGUCAUGAGUGUUACUUUAGUCAAAAUAUAAAAAAAACUAAUAAUAUAAAUACUUUAUGAAAUAACCCGAUGUGUACAAUUAAAUCAUAAUGGUUCUUUAACUGAAA